AUGCAGUACUCAUCAGCAGUCCUAAUCGUGGCUUUUGCUGCCACUAAUGUCUUCGCACACGAUGUUCUUGACUCAAUCAAGGGUGCCAACCAAGUCGAGAUGCCAGGUCUUUCCCGUAGGUGAUCAAUGACAUUCCCAUCUGAGCUUUACUAACACAUUGCAGUUGUUGAUGGGACUCCACGUGAUUGUGCCACUCCAGGCUGUGGAUCCGAGGUCGAUCCCUCCAUCCUUAGAGACAGAGAGAUGGGCACCGCAAAGGCAUCCGCAGUUGGCCGAAACGCAAAGGGCCCAGUCGAACCAGCCAAGAUGAUCGCUCUUUUCAUGGGAGGUGAUGCCAACAGCACCGCAGCUGUCGCUGCCCGUGAGCUCCACGAGGCUAUGAUGCAAAGACGUUCCCUCGGUGUUCGACAAGCCAACGGUGGUGUCAAGACACCAAAGGGUACCAAGGAGACCUGA